CAACCCUGGUCGCUGUUUCGAGCUCUGUGAACGUGUCGUGGCCUCGGCGCAGAGAACACUUUUGCCAAGAUGCAUUCUCUCGCCUUCUUCCUCCUGCUCUUUGUUGGACUUGCUUGUGGUGGCCACGUCCCAGUCAGACUGUGCGGAAGCAGGUCAAGGGCAAGACUAGAAUAUAUCGAUGUCGAACGCUGCAAUUCAGCGCCUUGUGUAAUCGAGCGGGGCCGACUGACGGAUUUCUCUGUCGGAGUCAUCCCAUACGUCAACAGCAGUACACUGACUUUGGACGCCACCUUCUUACUUUUCGACAUCGAAUUCCCCAUCCCGGGUGUGGUGUCAAACCUCUGCCGUUUUGUGACGUGUCCCAUCGUGGCUGGAAGAACCUACCGAGCGACCCAGGGAUUCUACAUAAGAACAUGGGCUCCCCCUAUGCGGACGACAGUCACCUACAGGGUAUACGGCGACGACUGGGAAGAACUGGGAUGCUUGACUACGAAUAUCACGAUUGUAUAAUAGACGCAAAUAUGCCUAUUUCUCCAUUCUA